AUGUCAAGUAUGGACAACUACAUCAAGUAUUUCAAAAGGAUAUAUGAAGAACUAUCAAUCACUGAUCAUCUAGUGGAUGAACUAUCUAUGAUCUUUAUUUUCCUCUACAGUCUUGGUCCUCAAUACAUCUCCUUUACCAUUAGCAUCAAUGUAAAUAUCAAUCAUCUAUCAUUUGGAUAUUAUUACCAACUUAAAAUCUCAUGA